GCUGGAGCCGGGCGGCGCGCCGGUGGAGCGCUGGGGGCGGCCCGGGGCUGAGCAUGGAGCGGCGCGGUGGAGGUCUGUGGGAAACUCGGACCUCGGCCAGACCUCCCUCGGGCCCCGGCUGGAUCCAGCCUUCAACCGCCCCCGGCCCACCGAGCAGGGCAGUGUGUGCUGUACCGGAGCGGUUUCUCAAGGAUGUUGGGGAGUGCGAGGGGUUCCCUUCCCACAGCCACAAACGCAUUUCUCAAAAUGGAGCCUCCACUUGCCCCUCCUUUUCUCUCGGGCUCCAAGAGCGGGAGCCGGGCUGGCUGGGCCUGGCUUUCCAGGCGCCUGGCUUUGGCUCCGUGGGUGUCUGGCUCUCAGGGCCCAGCUCAGCGUCUCUUCUCGGUUUAGGGGCCCCUGGCUUCGCGGGGACCCCGGCUCACUGGGUCCGCCUGACCCUGGAGCCGCUCUUCGUCUUUGUCUCUUGUCUUUUGGGUCCCUGUCUAAAUCUCUGUCUCCUCCCCUCAGUUUCCACUUUCUCUAUGUUCACUGAAGUGGGGAAACACACCGAGAUGCCAGCCCUCUUGGCCCCUUAGGGGAAGCCCCUUCCCCACGGUUUCCUGCAUGCCCUGGAUGGUCUGGGAGAGGGCAGAGGAGGGGGUGUCUUUGCUCAGGUCUGGCACUUGUGGGGUGGACUCAGUCCCCACCCCUGCUCCGAGGGCACCAGUCACCCCCACCCCUGGCUCCCAGCUCCUCCUCCCUCAGUCUGGACACCUUCCUCCAGAUAUUUUGACUUGAGCGGGGAGGUGGGGGAGGGUGGACUUAACGGAACACCAGCAAGAAUGAAGGAGAGCAGAUCAAGCAAAGAAUAAUGUCUCUCCUCUCCACACACUCCAGUUUCCCUGGAGGCCCUUGGCCAGGCCUGAGCCUCUGCUGCCAUGGCCAUUGUGCAGACACUGCCAGUGCCCCUGGAACCCGCUCCUGAGGCCGCUACUGCCCCACAAGCACCAGCCAUGGGCAGCGUGAGCAGCCUCAUCUCAGGCCGGCCCUGCCCUGGGGGGCCGGCUCCUCCUCGCCACCAUGGUCCCCCUGGACCCACCUUCUUCCGCCAGCAGGAUGGGCUGUUGCGGGGCGGCUACGAGGCACAGGAGCCACUGUGCCCAGCUGUGCCCCCCAGGAAGGCUGUCCCUGGUACCAACUUUACCUACGUCAACGAGGACUUCCGGACAGAGUCACCCCCCAGCCCAAGCAGUGACCUUGAAGAUGCCCGAGAGCAGCGGGCACGCAAUGCCCACCUCCGUGGUCCCCCACCAAAGCUCAUCCCUGUCUCUGGAAAACUAGAGAAGAACAUGGAGAAAAUUGUGAUCCGCCCAACAGCCUUCAAGCCAGUGCUGCCCAAACCUCGAGGGGUACCAUCCCUACCUAGCUUCCUGGGUCCUCGGGCCACCGGACCGUCGGGGAGCCAAGGCAGCCUAACGCAGCUGUUCGGGGGCCCGGCCUCCUCCUCCUCUUCCUCUUCCUCCUCGGCUGCCGACAAACCCCUGAUACUGAGUGGCUGGGCCAGCGGCUGCCCAUCGGGGACUCUAUCUGACUCCGGCCGAAACUCAUUGUCCAGCUUGCCCACUUACAGCACCGGGGGUGCUGAGCCAGCUACCAACUCCCCAGGCGGGCACCUGCCCUCCCACGGCCCUGGGCGGGGUGCCCUGCCAGGGCCAGCCCGAGGAGCCCCCACCGGGCCUUCCCACUCAGACAGCGGCCGUUCUUCCUCCAGCAAGAGCACAGGCUCCCUGGGGGGUCGCGUGGCUGGGGGGCUCUUGGGCAGCGGUCCCCGGGCCUCCCCUGACAGCAGCUCUUGUGGGGAACGCUCCCCACCACCGCCCCCGCCCCCUCCACCCCCUUCGGAUGAGGCCCUGCUGCACUGUGUCCUGGAAGGAAAGCUCCGAGACCGGGAGACAGAGCUGCAGCAGCUGCGGGACAGUCUGGACGAGAGUGAGGUGUACGAGGAGCGGCAGCGGCACUGGCCCCGUGAGCGAGAGGCUCUGCGAGAGGAUGGCGUGGCCCGGGCCCAGCGGGCCCAGCGGGCCCAACAGCUGCUGCAGCUUCAGGUGUUCCAGCUGCAGCAGGAGAAGCGGCAGCUACAGGACGACUUCGCGCAGCUGCUGCAGGAACGCGAGCAGCUGGAGCGGCGCUGUGCCGCCUUCGAGCGGGAGCAACGGGAGCUGGGGCCACGGCUGGAGGAGACCAAGUGGGAGGUGUGCCAGAAGUCAGGUGAGAUCUCCCUGCUGAAGCAGCAACUGAAGGAAUCUCAGGCAGAGCUGGUACAGAAGGGCAGUGAGCUGGUGGCCCUGCGCGUGGCACUGCGGGAGGCCCGGGCAGCGCUUCGGGUCAGUGAGGGCCGGGCACGGGGCCUCCAGGAGGCAGCCCGAACACGGGAGCUGGAGCUGGAGGCCUGUUCCCAGGAGCUGCAGCGGCACCGUCAAGAGGCUGAGCGGCUGCGGGAGAAAGCUGGGCAGUUGGACAGUGAGGCUGCCGGACUCCGGGAACCCCCUGUGCCACCUGCCACUGCUGACCCAUUCCUCCUGGCAGAGAGUGAUGAGGCCAAGGCACAGCGGGCCGCCGCCGGGGUCGGGGGCAGCCUGCGGGCCCAGGUGGAACGGCUCCGGGCGGAGCUACAGCGGGAGCGGCGACGAGGCGAGGAGCAGCGGGACAGCUUUGAGGGGGAGCGGCUGGCCUGGCAGGCAGAGAAGGAGCAGGUGAUCCGCUACCAGAAGCAGCUGCAGCACAACUACAUCCAGAUGUACCGACGUAACCGGCAGCUGGAGCAGGAGCUGCAGCAGCUCAGUCUGGAGCUGGAGGCCCGGGAACUCGCAGACCUGGGCCUGGCGGAGCCAGCGCCCUGCAUCUGCCUGGAGGAGAUCACUGCCACUGAAAUCUAGGGCCUUAGCUCCCCCUUCUGCACGGAGGUCUACUGAAAGCAGGCAGCCUCAGAUCCACCGAGGGCCCCAAAGUCUGAGGGCCCAAGGGCCUUUAGUCCCUGGGAUGCAGGCCUCUGGGCCUCUGCCUAGGACUCAGGGCUGCCCGAUGACUUGGAUCAGACUCCCUGAAGGUCCCUGUGUUCACUGUCACCCAAAGGCUCCUACUCACUCGACCUAUUUCAUUCAUUCCCCAAAUACUGCCAUUGCUACUUUGCCAACCCCACACCCCCCCAGCGCUCCCAGCCCACUCAGCCAGGGGGCUCGGAAAAGGAAGGGGCUCCCUCAUCUCCACAUUCUCCCCACCAUCCCAAAGCUAGAGCGAGCCAUAUAGCGCCAGCUGCUCCAGAUGUGCCUGCCCCAACCCUGCCCAUGUUGUGGAACAGGGCUGGGACUGGGGUCUGAUCCCCAGGUCCCAGCUCUGCAACCCCUCUCCUGGGGAGAAGGGGCUAUAGUCAGACCAAAGGAAGAACUCAGAAAUGUUUAUUUGUGUUUGUGACCAAGUGGCCCCUCCCCAUAUCCAGGUUUUUGGCCUCGUUUUUCACUUGUAUAUUUUUCACAUUGUAAAUUUCUUGUACAAACCCAAAGAAAAAAAUUAAAAUUUUUGUUUUUA